AUGGACAAGUACCGCAAGGCCAAGCCGACGACCAAGCCCUCUGCGCCCAACGAAGUCCUUGUCGGCGAGCUCGCUCGUGGAUACCACGACAAGAAGAAGUACCUCGCGAUCGUGAAGAAGCUGCUGCGGAACGGCCCUGUCGUCGUGACCGCCCACGACACGGCCAUCGUCAACGCCGUGACUGUGGCCGAGAUGGUGAAGUCGACGCUGGCGGGUGUGCACUCGGUGGUCCACAUUUCGACUGUCAGCAUCGAAGAGAUCUACGAGCCUCUGGAAGAAGGUCUCGACGUGGUCAAGGUGCCCCAGCGUGUUUCGGCGAUUUCGAUUCACCUCAGCACGGAUGCAACCAAGAUCAACACGGCGGACGCCAGCUACACGCAGCCCUUGUCGCCGCGCCAGAUGGCCCGCGAGCCCCAGAAGAAUAACACACCAUCGCCGUCGAAUGGCGCCUCCAAGCACCGCAAGCCCCACCCAGCACGACAGGCCAUCGCCACGCCGGACAUGGAAGAGACAACUCCGUUGCCCGAGGCCGUCGAAGAGAAGACACCGGCGCCCAAGAAGCGACGCGACAAGAAGCCUCGGGCUUUGGCAGAUCCGAAGUCGCCUUGA